GCUCCCUCUCCAAGAAAGCGACGUCAUUUUCUAUCCCGAUCACAUCCUUGAAAUUCCCUCCGAUCACUACUCUUUCAUUCUCGAAUGCCAGAUCCCGCGACUGGGACGAUGUUCUUACUGGACACGCGGAGGAAAGUUUUGCAAGGACAUGGAGCGUCGGGAAUAAAAAAUUAGGAAAGUUCUCUUUCUCAACCAUAGAUGAAGGUUCCAAAACUGGGGCCAUAGCCUCACGCGGGGUGGUUAAGGCAGUUCAUGUCACUGCGUGCGGAAAUUUCGGCCUAGCUGCCGGGUCUACAGGAACCAUACAGCUCUGGAGUAUGCAGUCAGGCCUAAAGCGUAAAUCCUUUGUUCUCGGCCCUGCUCCGGAAGAAGUCGACACCCGCUUCCAGCUAUCUGUUGGUGGAACUGGCAAAGGAGGGAAAGGGAGAAGUGUUACUGGGCUGACUACCGAUGCCUUGAACAAGGUUUUGGUAGUUGGCACCCUUGAUGGAACUCUAAACUUCUUCAAUUUCCACAGUAAACAACUAGAAGAGACACAAGUACUUCCUUCGUCAAUUGUAUCGCUCUUACUUCACAGAGAGAGUAACCUCCUCGCAGUCGUAUGUGAUGACUUGACUAUUCGAAUGUUCGACCUGGAGACAAGGCGUUUGGUCAGAGAAUUUUCUGGGUUCAAGGGAAGAAUCUUAGAUAUCGUAGUCAUCCGUACUUUUGAUAUCCCAAGCGGACAGUUGAUUGAUGCCUUUCGAACUCCGAGUAUAGCCAACAGCGUGUCAUUUUCCCCUACAGGAGACUUCUUGGCUACCUCCCACGUAGAUUCUGUUGGUAUUUACUUAUGGGCCAAUCGGGCUCAAUAUACCGAGGUCUCUUGGCGUUCUUCUAGAGAAGUAGAGCAAGAUGUUCAACAAGAUGCAGUAAUGCCAACUCUUCAAGGCACCGAAGAGGAGGAAGGUCAGUGGAAUGGAUCAGAUCUAAAGAGUUCUCGACACUCAACCGAUCCUUUAGCCUUAGAAGGCCUGAGGAACCUGGGUAUCAUUGAGUCGUUGGACAUCUUUAAGCGGCCUCAGGAGACCAAAGGAGACCUCAUCGAGUUGACACUUCUACCCCGUGCAAGAUGGCAGACAUUAUUGCACCUCGACGUCAUCGGU